AUGAAAAGAAAUAAUAAUUUAAUAAUACCACUACUAAAGAUUAAAAAACUUUUAAAAAGAAAAGGAUGUAAACGUAUUCAAAAUUCUGCAUUAGUAUUCUUUUCAAAAGUAUUACAAUAUUUAAUUGAAGAGCUAUUAGAGAUUAGUAUGAAUGUUUCAAUUUUAAAUAAAACAAAGAAAUAUAGAAUUAAACCAAAAGAUAUAAGUUGGAGUAUUCAAUCUGAUCCAGAAUUUAAUUUAUUAUUUAGAAAUAUUAUAAUUCCAUCAUCAGGAAGAAUUUCAAAUAAAUUGAAUAGAAUUAUACAAAGAUCAUUUAAAUUUAAAUCAUUCAAAUUUGAUGACUAUGAAAAAUCAGAUUAUUCUUCAAAAACAUUUUAA